CGCUAUUCCCUGAAACGCUCUAAGGGGGAAGCGAAAAAGGGUUUUCGAAGAAGAGAAGAGGAAGAAUUAGAGAGACCGCUUUGAACUUGGCGUUAGAGAAAAAUCCGCGCUGCUUCCUCGCAACCAAUGAGCCGCUCGCCCGACUCUAAGAAAGAAGAAGGGAGCCCGGGACGCUACUUUUAGACGAAACUCCGGCUGGUAUUGUUGGAUUUGCUGCCCUAAAGGAGCCGGCCCUUCUUGCAAAGCCCAGCAUGGAUUCUUCUCAAGUCGUGGGCCCAGAGUCCUUGACUUCCACCACUCAGACUGAUCUUCCAGUCCCACUGAAGAAGUUUUAUCAGGGGGAACCUCUGGCCCUGGGGAUCACACAGAUAUUCAUAGGAAUCAUAGGAAUUAUUUUUGGGAUCCUGCUCAAUGUAAUGGAAGAUCAUGUAUUUGCCUAUAUUCAGAUAAUGAUACCUUAUUGGAGUGGAAUCUUGUACAUCAUCUCUGGAUCCUUAGCGGUGGCAGCUGCUCGGAAUCCCAAGAUCCCUCUGGUGCAAGGCACACUGGCAAUGAAUGUAAUAAGUGCCAUAACAGCUGGUAUUGGCAUCAUAUUCCUGAGUUUCACAAUCACAUUUUCUAAAUAUCAUUUUAUGUACCUUUGCUAUCGAUCUGGAAACGAAUCUGAGGAAACGUCAUGUCAUGACACUAUCCACAUCACUGAAGGAAUUUUGGCUGUUCUUAUUGUGUUCACCACCCUGGAGUUUUGCAUCGGCAUCUCUCUUGCGUCUUUUGGCUGUAAGAUGCUUUGCCGAGAUGCCUUCACUGAAACGGUUGUGGUCAUUUAUCAGAAUGCGACUCCUGCCAAUGCUGAACAUCCAUCCAUCGACUUCAAAGAGCCAGAAUUCCCCUGAGUUGCUUUCCCUUCAUGGCAGCUAUUAUGGGCUGUAUUGGCUCCUGCAAAAUUAAAGCCUUAAAGCUUUUUAAGGAAUUGCAUGGAACUUUUUACUCAAUGGAAUAUAAAAAUCUUUAUUGGGCUAAGUAAAGCGUGAUGUAAAAGGUCUUGAGAAUGUGAAUGUUCUUUGUUGCUGAUUAUAAUAUUUCUGUAUGGGAUGGUUGGCACCUGUACCAAGUUAUGUUUUGCCGUUGGAAAAUGCAGAGUCAGUGGGUUUAUGGAACAUGUUACGGAUUAACUACACUUUCCACAUCAUAACGGUUGUGUCUAGGCGAGGUCCAAAACUUACUUCAACUAGAGCUUAGCCUAAUGGUUUUUUUGCACCCAGUUACAUUCAGGCAACAAAUUAUGCUUGUGUGAAACCAUCUAAGGCUCGCAACACAUUCCAGAAAUCGAUUUGUGAGAUGUAACAGGUGUCACUGGGAAUCGUUCCCAUAAAAGGCUCAGCAACCAUAUAAUCCCAUGAAAACGGAAGAGCCAAAUGUAUAGCCAUAAUUUACAUUUUUAAGCCAAUUUGUUUAGCGAUUAAAAUACCCGGCUAGAAACCAGGAGACUGUGAGUUCUAGUCCCACCUUGUAAAGAAAAGCCAGCUGGGUGACUUUAAGACAGUCCCUCUCUUGGCCCCACUCACUUUGUUGUUGUGGGGAAAACAGGAAGGAAUAUCAGCUGUGUUCGCUGCCUUAAAUUAUUUAUAAAGACAAUAAAGAUAGAAUACACAUCAGAAGACAAACAUGUUUCCUGCCACUCGACUUUCCAUCAGGCCGCCUUCUGCCAAUUAAACUUUUCUCACUCAUAAUUUGAGACAUGACUGCACCCAAGACUAAUAA